AUGGACGUCUUUUCAACGCUGCCUCCGGAGCUGAUGGCUCCCAUCCUCAGUGACUUGCCAGAUCUCAAAAGUCUUUAUAGCAUUACCGUAUCAUCGCCGUAUGUAUUCCACUUGAUGGGCAGCACCCUCGGUGCCAACGUCCUCGAGUCUGUCCUCGACCACCCUGUAUCCAAAGAUUUCACGUCAACGCCAUGGAUCCCGUAUAUGCUUCGCUUAGUCGCCCUCGCCCGACAAACCACUCCCUCCAACCAACCCGCAAAUGAUCUUGGCUCCUUUAUUGCAAAGUAUUUCCUGUCCAACCAGGGCCUAGGUAUUCCCGACCUUCAGUGUGAAAACAUCCCGCUUAUCCGGCUUCGCGAUGUGAUGCGGGCUGAAGCUUCGUGUUUCUCACCCAGAGAAAUGAUAUUCCUCGCCCGACGUAUCGGAAGCCUCGCAGGCUCGUGCUUCGAAUUCUUCCAUGAUCGCAUCAAAUCUGCCACUCCGUCCCAUCUUCUUGACAAAGUCUUCCAACCUACUCCGCUCCCGUGGAGCCAGCGACCAGACGGGCUUCCCUGGGGUCAACCAUACACCAUCGACGCUGGCGGAGAAGCAUCUUGGUACGAGAUGCAGCGCAUCACUCUUGGUUUCUGGAGUCUACAGCUCUCCUAUGAGCUCAGCAAUGCCGCAUCCGAGGGCCGUCUUAACUGGACGGACAGCGACGUCGCAGCAAUACGCAACAUGGGAUCUGGAACAUGUCUCGGAAACUUUGGCAAGUCCAAUAUCUGGGUUGCCCAAGAACCCCUCUGGGCAGCCUUGAUCUAUAUCCGACACCUCGAGGGCGUGUCGGAUGGAUGCCCUUGCGCAGGGGACACGAGCGGCAUUCACAAUGAAAUGAGCGCCUUCUUCAACACGGGAUUCAGACCGCUAAGAGAUUCACACCUCAGUCUUCCGCAACUGAUCAACGCGGAAGGGGUCAGGCCAGCCUGGCCGUCACCAACACCCCCUCCUCCUCACUUUCCCUGUAUCGACAAACGAGAUGCAUCCACGUACCAUCGGCAUAAAGUCCUUGUCGGCUGCAAAGGCUUACGGUGGGCACAACCUCUGCUAUUCCCAAGGGGACAAUCUCGUGUAAGUCGAGGCCUAAUGUUUGGUCCGUUCCGGGCUCUGGGCUUCGGCCUUUGGGACGACGAGAGGUUGAUUGCUAUGGAGAUGAUUGACGAUCCCACGGGGCAAAAGCCGAAGAGGUUCGAGGUUUGGUGCCAGGAUCAGGUGUAUACGUGGAUGAGUUUGUUGAGUCAGACACAGAUGGAAGAACUCGUGGCGCAUCAAGAUUUGGUGGGAGAAAGGCCGCCGCGUGUGUAG